AUGCACGUACUGACAGCCCUCCUGCUCCUGGCAAUUCCAAGCAGUGGACAUGCUGCUAUUCUAGAGAAGCCCACACUGUCUCUACACCCACCGUGGACUACAAUCUUCAAGGGGGAGCGGGUCACCUUGCGGUGUGAUGGAUACCACCCUCUACUCCUCGCGCUUCGACCCAUCAGUACUCUCUGGUAUUUGGGGCACCUACUGCUGCCCUCACACAAGAAGAGCAUAGAAGUGCAGACACCAGGAGUGUAUCGAUGCCAGACACAGGGAGCACCUGUCAGUGACCCCAUUCACCUCUCCGUAUCCAAUGACUGGCUGAUUCUACAAGUGCCCUAUGCUGCGGUGUUCGAGGGCGAGUCUUUGGUCAUGCGCUGUCGCGGCUGGUAUGACAAGGUCGUCUACAAGCUUCACUACUACCGCGAUGGCCAGGCGGUACGCUACUUCCACUCCAGCACCAACUACACGGUGCCUCAGGCGCGCACCAGCGAUAGCGGGCGCUACCAGUGCUCUGGCACCAUGCGCAUACCGGUGGAGAGCGCACCCAUGUUCUCCUCCAAGGUGGCAGUGACCGUGCAAGAGCUGUUCCAGAUACCGGUGCUGCGAGUGAUGGGCCGGGUGCAAGGCCGCGGCGCGGCCCCUGGCGGGGUGAUGGUGCGCUGCGAAACGCACCUGCACCCGCAGAAGCGCGACACGUCUCUACAGUUUGCCUUCUACAAGUACAGUCGUGUCGUGCGCCGCUUUGACUGGGGCGCCGACUACACAGUCCUCGAGCCCGAGGUCGAAGAGCUGCAAUCGUACUGGUGCGAAGCGGCUACCGCGACCCGCAAUGUCCGGAAACGGAGCCCCUGGCUGCAGCUCCCUGGGCAAGGUGAUUCUAUACCGCUUGUGACUCGGUGUGAUCCGUUCACAGAUUCUCCACAGGCCGCAGCCUUGGCGCCCAAUAACCAGCCGCUUUCCUUCAGAAAGCCUCCAGUGUCCAGAUCGGUCCCAUCUGUCACCUUCCUCCCAAACACCACCUCAUCGGGUAUACUGUUCCCGGUGGGCAGCGCCCCCACUGCUGGACCCCUGGCCUGCGCUCCGCCGACGCCCUUGGAACAAUCAGCCAGAGACCUGAAACCCAGCGUGGACCUUCUGCUUCAAGAAAUGCAGCUGCUCAAAGGCCUUCUGCACCGCGUGGUCUUGGAGUUAAAGGAGCCACAGACCCUCCCAGGACUAACAGGAACACCUGAGUCCCCCACUUCCCACUUAGCAGUGAGCCGGGAAACCCCGGAGACCACUACUGUGGAAACCUGA